UUAUUGCCUAGCAGUGCAGUGAAACCGUUGAUACCGAGGCAGUGCUGUGGUUGCCAAAGCUGCUGCAGGGACAGCCAUAGCUGUCCCACAAACCUAUCUUGAGGUGUCCCUGAAACAUGGCAGUCAAAUGGAUUGGUGGGCAUUCAUCUUCUAUAUUGUGCUUGAACGUAAACUCGGAAGGUCUGGUGGCUUCAGGCGCAGAGAGAGGCGAGCUAACGCUCUGGGAUGGGGGAGGCACUCCGGCAGGACAGCUCCAGCUACCAGAGGUAGAUGACGUGACCUCCGUGGUGUUCUCUCCCUGCUGUCCCACCAGGCUGUACACUUCCCAUGGAGAAACUAUCAGUUUGCUGGAUGUCCGAUCCCUCAAGGAGCCUGUUGAACGCUUCCAUGUGAAUGAGGAGGAGAUCAACUGCCUCUCAGUGAAUGAGACUGACAGUUUCUUGGCUGCAGCAGAUGACUCAGGGGCAAUAAAAGUUAUGGACUUAGAAAACAAGAAAGUCACCCGGACCUUGAGACACUCAAACAUCUGUUCCUCUGUUGCCUUUCGACCUCAGAGGCCUCAAAGCCUUGUUUCCUGUGGACUGGACAUGCAGGUUAUGCUGUGGAACCUGCAGAAAGCUCGCCCAUUGUGGACCACAAACCUGCAGGAGUGUGAAGCACAGGAGAAAAGUCCACAGUCAGCUGGCCAGUUCUUCAACCCGCCACUUGCACAUUCCCUGUCUGUUGCAUCCUGUGGCAACCUCUUUGGCUGCGGAGCUCAAGACGGUAAAGUCAGAAUAUUUAGAGUCACUGGUGUCAAGUUUGAAUGUGAGCUGGAGUUUCAAGGUCACAGCUUGGGAGUAUCGCAGGUCCUCUUUAUGCCAGGAGCAUACUGGUUGCUGACUGGAGGAAAUGAUGGGAAAGUCUUGCUUUGGGAUGUCAACAGUGACAUUGGAAAGCAGCUGAAAAGUCCGGCAAAAUCGCUGCAGAGGAGGAAGGCCCAUGCACCUGCUUCCACCAGAAAAGAUGGGAAGCUCAACAAAGUGACUUCAAAUGAACAUACUAGAGUUUUACCAAAGGUAACCAUUGAGCAUGGAGAGAAGGUGAACUGGAUCACUUGUGCAGAGAUCAAAGGGUCCAAAAGGGUAUUAGUUGCUGAUCAGAGUAGUUCUGUAUCUAUGUAUCCAUUGCCAGAACACUAGACACUGAGAUGUUUAAAGAAAUUUCAGGGCCAAAGCCACUUCUCAAGAGUGUUUGAAAGGAGUCCAGUUACACGUUCUGACAGUGAACUGAACAGUAAAACCUGCCACAUCCUUCAGAAGGGGAAGGGAUUUGCUGUGUACUCACACAAGUACUCGUAAUGUAACUGGCUUCACACAAUGUUUUACAGCAACUGUUGGUAUUCACUGCAGCUGUUUUUUACAGGGUUGGCAGUUUUCUUCUUGAAUUUAGGUAAAACGGGUUUCAGUAUAUUUAGAGGUAAUAUUAGUUCAUGACUAAGCUGACAUAAUUAAGGUUGGAGGAAGAAAUUCACACUAAUGGGGAUGCCCACAAUGCUGAAUGAUGCUGAGCAGUAAUAAAGAUGCCACUGACUGAACCACUUGCACCUUGAACUAUUGCAAUGCUUUACAUUACUCUCCCCUGCUAAACUGUGUCAUGGCUUAAGUGGAAAUACAUUUUUCAUUGGUCAGCAGCUGUAUAUAAGACUAGAGAAGCAUCAACUAAUGAGUAAUCUAUUUAGUUUAACUGUCAUUGCCAGUUGUUUUUUUUUUCACACUGCAGUAAGCAAAGGAGCAGGGGAAAUGUUAACAUCUGUUUAUGGGGUCAGCUGUCUUAUGCAUUUAGUUGUCUAUCCCAGGGAAGAAUUACUAUUACACUUGUCUUAAUAAAUGCUUUCUCUCUCA